AUGGCCAUGGAGGCUUCAGAAGCCAACCGCGCUGCAAGCGUGCAACAGGUGCUGACUAUGUCCCCGGUGGGCUCAGCUUUGCGGGUGCGCAUGCGCAUGUUCCCGGCGCUGGUGAACUGCUGCACCAUCGACUGGUUCCUGCCCUGGCCCGACGAGGCAUUGCUGGGCGUGUCGGCCCGACAGCUCUCAAAUAUGCAGGGCAUCAGCGAUGAAGUCAAGGAGUCUGUGUCAAAGGCCUGCUGCUUCGUGCACCAGGAGGUGAUCCGAACCUCCUUCAUCUUCGAGGACCGCCUGAGGCGCAAGGUCUACGUCACUCCCAAGUCGUACCUGGACCUCAUCAGUUUGUACCUGGAGAUGAUCCAAGAGAAGAAGGACGAGAAGGACAUCUCGCUGAAGCGGCUGCAGACCGGCGUGGACAAGAUCGAUGAGGCCAACCAGUUUGUGAACAGCCUCCAAGAGGAGCUCACAAAAUUGGCCCCGGUGAUCACCGAGAAGAUCAAGGAGGCAGAUGAGUUGGUGCCAGUCGUCACAGAGGAGCAGAAAAAGGCUGAAGUGAUCAAGGAGAAGGUUGCAAGCGAAGAGGUUGUGGUCAGAAAGCAGGCGGAUGAAGUGAAGGCCAUUGCGGAUGACGCGCAGAAAGACCUCGACAUUGCCAUGCCGGCUCUUGAGAGCGCCCUGAAGUCUUUGGAUGCCUUGGACAAGAAGGACAUCCAGGAGAUCAAGUCCUUCGCGAAGCCACCCCCUCUGGUGAUGAUGACCAUGGAGGCGGUGAAUGUGCUGCUGCAAGAGAAGCCGGACUGGGACACUGCCAAGAAAGUGCUGAACCGGCCCACCUUCUUGCAGGACUUAAAGUCCUACGACAAGGACAACAUUCCGGAGAAGGUGCUGAAACAGCUCUCCAAGUAUGUGACCAAGCCAGAGUACACAGUGGAGGCAGUGGGAAACCAGAGCAAGGCUGCGAAGAGUCUGUGCAUGUGGACCUAUGCCAUGGACACCUACUCGAAGGUGGCGAAAGAAGUGGAGCCCAAGAAGCAGAAGGUGGCUGAGCUGAACGACAAGCUGGCGAAGGCCAAUUCGGAGCUUCAGGCGAGCCUGGAGAUGUUUAUGGGC